AUGGGCCACCACAGUACAUGGACCACCACAGUACAUGGGCCACCACAGUACAUGGACCACCACAGUACAUGGGCCACCACAGUACAUGGACCACUACAGCACAUGGACCACCACAGUACAUGGACCACCACAGCACAUGGACCACCACAGUACAUGGGCCACCACAGUACAUGGACCACCACAGUACAUGGGCCACCACAGCACAUGGGCCACCACAGUACACGGGCCACCCAGUACAUGGGCCACCACAUUACAUGGGCCACCACAGUACAUGGGCCACCACAGUACAUGGGCCACCACAAUACAUGGGCCACCACAGUACAUGGGCCACCACAGUACAUGGGCCACCACUCCACCACAGUACAUGGGCCACCACAGUACAUGGGCCACACCACAGUACAUGGGCCACCACAGUACAUGGGCCACCACAGUACAUGGGCCACCACAGUACAUGGGCCACCACAGUACAUGGGCCACCACAAUACAUGGGCCACCACAAUACAUGGGCCACCACAGUACAUGGGCCACCACAGUACAUGGGCCACCACAGUACAUGGGCCACCACAGUACACGGGCCACCACAGUACACGGGCCACCCAGUACAUGGCCCACCACAAUACAUGGGCCACCACAGUACAUGGGCCACCAAGCAGGGACAAGGGUCAUUAA